UCAGGCGGGGCGGCGGGAAGAUGGCGGCGCUGGCGGUUGCCGGGCGGGGGACGCGGGCUCCGUGAGGGGAUGGCGCGGCGGGCGUGGCGCAGCGGCUGAGGCACCCCCGCGGGCCCCACGCGCUCCUGUCGGUCGGUCCCAUGAGCGGGGCGGGCGGCCUGGCGUGGCGCGCGCUGCACGCGCUGCUGCGCGCCUUCCUCUGCCUGCAGCGCGCGCUGCUCGCGUGCCUGCGCGGCCGCGCGGCCGCCGCCGCCGCCACCUCCUGCGCGCUCCUGGCGCCCGCCGCCCGCGCGCUCGGGUUCCGCGAGGCGCGCGCGGCCUGGCGGCGGCGGGGCCCCGCGCGCGGCGGGGCGGCGCGCGGGCGGCAGCGGUGGCGCGCGGACGGGCGCGCCCUGCGGAAGCUGCCGGUGCACGUGGGGCUGGUGGUGACCGAGGAGGAGCCGAGCUACGCGGACAUGGCCAGCCUGGUCGUGUGGUGCAUGGCCGUGGGCAUCUCCUACGUCAGCGUCUACGACCAUAACGGUAUUUUCAAGAGGAAUAAUUCAAGACUGAUGGAUGAAAUUUUAAAACAGCAGCAAGAACUCUUGGGACUAGAUUGCUCCAAGUACUCUGUGGAAUUUGCAAAUCACGACAAAACUGGUCAAGUUUUAAAUUGCCAAUCUACAUUGAAGGUGCUGUCUCCGGAAGAUGGAAAAGCAGAUAUAGUCAAAGCUGCUCAGAACUUCUGUCAGUUGGUAGCACAGCAGCAAAGAACACAUUCAGACCUGGAUGUGAAUAUGUUAGACAACUUAUUAAGUAGUACACAUGGAUUUCCUGAUCCUGAUUUAGUCUUGAAGUUUGGUCCUGUGGACAGCACAUUAGGAUUCCUUCCAUGGCACAUCAGACUGACAGAAAUCAUUUCUUUGCCUUCCCACCUAAACAUCAGCUAUGAAGAGUUUUUCUCCGCCCUCCAUCACUAUGCAGCCUGUGAGCAGCGGUGGGGAAAGUGACUUCGGGCAGAGUGCAUGGAGUCAAGCUUUCUGUGGGAAGGAACUGAUGUCUGUUUACAAGCACCUGCUACCCAUAAGUCUGGUUCAUAGUCCUUUCUUAAUUUAUCAAAAAAAUUCAAUAAAGUGUCUUACCUUUCUAGAGA